CGGCGCCGCUGCAGUGCGGGGACCGCUCGCCGGCCGUCCCCGCGUCCCCGCGCAGCCGCCUCCAGCCUCUGGCGCCGCACAUCCAGCAGGAAGUGGGCCGAAGGCAGCCGUGGCCAUGGCCUCCCCAUCCCCGCACCAGCUGGAGGAGGACGACAGCCUGCGAGGCUGCGAGCUCUAUGUGCAGAAGCACGGCGUCCAGCAGGUGCUCAAGGACUGCAUCGUGCAGCUGUGCGUCUCCAAGCCCGCCCGCCCCAUGAAGUUCCUGCGGGAGCACUUCGAGAAGCUGGAGAAGGCCAUCCUCCCCCAGGAAGAAAACAGACAGAUUCUGGCUCAGCAGAAAUCGGCCUCCCAGUCAGACCUGUACGACGAGGAGGUGUCCCCACCGCUGCCCAACCCGGUGGUGAAAGCCCGGCACCGGCGCGGGGGCGUGAGCGCCGAGGUGUACACGGAGGAGGACGCCGUGUCCUACGUGCGAAAGGUCAUCCCCAAAGACUACAAGACCAUGACGGCACUGGCCAGGGCCAUCUCCAAGAACGUGCUCUUUGCGCACCUGGACGACAACGAGAGAAGCGACAUAUUCGAUGCCAUGUUCCCCGUCACGCACAUCGCCGGGGAGACCGUCAUACAGCAAGGGGACGAAGGGGACAACUUCUACGUGGUCGACCAAGGGGAGGUGGAUGUGUAUGUGAACGGGGAGUGGGUGACCCCAGGCCCUGAUGCUGUCCCCCGUCCCCUGCAGGUGUAUGUGAACGGGGAGUGGGUGACCAGCAUCAGUGAAGGCGGCAGCUUUGGGGAGCUCGCCCUCAUCUAUGGCACCCCCAGGGCAGCCACUGUGAAGGCCAAGACGGACCUCAAGCUCUGGGGCAUCGACCGGGACAGCUACCGGCGCAUCCUCAUGGGCAGCACACUGAGGAAGCGCCGGGUGUACCAGGAGUUCCUCAGCAAGGUCUCCAUCCUGGAGUCCCUGGAGAAGUGGGAGCGUCUGACGGUGGCCGAUGCCCUGGAGCCCGUCCAGUUUGAGGAUGGAGAGAAGAUUGUGGUCCAGGGGGAGCCCGGGGACGACUUCUUCAUCAUCACGGAGGGCACAGCCUCCGUCCUCCAGCGCCGGUCCCCCAAGGAGGAGUACGUGGAGGUGGGGCGUCUCGGGCCGUCCGACUACUUCGGGGAGAUCGCGCUGCUGCUGAACCGGCCCCGGGCGGCCACGGUGGUGGCGCGGGGGCCGCUCAAGUGCGUGAAGCUGGACCGGCCCCGCUUCGAGCGCGUGCUGGGCCCCUGCUCCGAGAUCCUCAAGAGGAACAUCCAGCGAUACAACAGCUUCAUCUCCCUCGCGGUCUGAGGCCACGCCCCCUGCGCUGCGCGGGCCGGGCCCCCGCCCUCCGGACUCACGCGGGGAAUAAAAGAGUCGCCUUGCAUCUCGAAGCCCCCCCCCCCGGGAGGGGGCGGCGCCCCCUCCCCCGCCCCCCCUCUGGUUCUCCCUGGGCGCCUGCUCUGCGGUCAGGAUGUGGGCAGCGAGGUCCGGGGGCCCCCACAGGCACCUUGGACUUGGGGUGAGAAGCCAAGGCUGAGAAGAGAGGAGGUCUGGGCCCCGCCCGCAAAUCCCCCCUCCCCGGCCCCCAGCUAGGGUCCUCCUAAGAUGCCUGGGCUGGGGACACUUUGGUGGCUUACGCCGGUCCCGGCCUCAGAGAGGGGGCGGCCGCAGGUUCCCACGGAGCUUGGGGGGUGUGGGCGUCUCCUCACUUUCCUGGAAAGCUGGGAGCUCUGACCCGCUUGCCGGAUGGGCAGGGCCUCGGGGCGCCCGGCGGGGCUGAGACGCCCGGGAAGCGGAGGAAGCAACGUGUGAGGCCGGGACUUUCCGCGGUGCCCUGAGUGUCCUUGUCGCUGCUUCGGGGACUCCCCGGCCAUAGCCUGCCCUCCGCCCCGCAGAGAGCUCUGGAGGAAGCGGCGGGAUUUUCUGAAACGUCAUCAGGGCGAAGUUGUGCGAAGCAGGGUUCCCGGGGGGGUCGUCCCCGUAGGCAGGGGUCUCGCCCUGGGACGCGCAGUCCGUUGGCGGAGUCGCCACCCUCCUGAUGGAGGAGAAUGUCCGUCCCCCAGCCCUGGCCCCACACACCCGAGUCACCAGGCACUUGAGACCCCCCUGAAAGGACCUUCAGUCGACCUCCAGCCUGAGCUGGACGGGCCUGGGGCCAGCGCCUCCUGGGACUUCCGGUGGCCGCAGUGCAGACCCUGUCGCGCCCCAGCACGUCUGGAGGGGUUGCCGGCGUGCGGAGACCCCAGCCAGCCCUGCCUCUGCCCGUGGGUGUUUCUGUGUCGUGUAAACCCCGCCUGUGUGUCGCGAUGUUCUGAACGCUGCAUGAGCUGAUAUUAAAUGUGCACUGAGGUACAUCUGGCAA